AUGUCCGGUUAUCCCGCAGCAGCAGGAGGAGGAGGAGGAGGAGGAGGAGGAGGAGGCCACUACGAGGAGGGCUACGGCCACCAGCAAGAGCAUGGUGACUCGUACUACCAAGACGAGCAUGGCCAGGCUUAUUAUGAUCAUGAGAAUUAUGGUGAUAGUUACUAUGAUAGAGGCAAUUAUUACAAUGCCGAGGGAGGUCAAGGGUAUCAACAAGAAGGCGGUUACUAUGACGGUGGCCACCAAGACGAGUACUACGGUGACCAGUACUAUGACCAAGGAAAUAAUGGCGGCAGGGGCAGACGCCGCGGCGACUCCGAAGAGGAUUCCGAAACAUUCAGCGACUUCACCAUGAGGUCCGAGACUGCAAGAGCGGCCGACAUGGAUUACUACGGCCGCGGCGAUGAGCGUUACAACAGUUACGCCGACAGCCAGUAUGGUGGUCGUGGCGGAUACGGCGGCGGUUACCGGCCACCGUCAUCCCAAGUCUCUUAUGGUGCCAACCGAUCUUCCGGAGCCUCCACCCCCGUGUACGGCAUGGAUUACGGCGGUGCCCUACCCGCUGGCCAGCGGUCGCGGGAGCCCUUCCCCGCCUGGGCCUCGGAUGGUCAAGUCCCUGUUUCCAAGGAAGAAAUUGAGGAUAUCUUCAUCGACCUGGUCAACAAGUUCGGUUUCCAGCGGGACAGCAUGCGUAACAUGUACGACCACUUGAUGACACAGCUGGAUUCCAGAGCUUCUCGCAUGACUCCUAAUCAAGCUCUCUUGUCGCUCCACGCCGAUUACAUCGGUGGUGACAACGCCAACUACCGCCGGUGGUACUUUGCUGCCCAUUUGGACCUGGAUGACGCCGUUGGUUUCGCGAAUAUGAAGCUUGGAAAGGCCGAUCGUAAGACGAGAAAAGCUCGCGCCGCGGCCAAGAAGGCUGCCCAGCAGAACCCCGAGAAUGUUGAAGAGAACCUCGAGGCCUUGGAGGGAGACAACAGCCUGGAAGCUGCCGAAUAUCGGUGGAAGACCCGGAUGAACCGUAUGUCCCAGCAUGACAGAGUGCGCCAGAUCGCCCUUUACCUGCUGUGCUGGGGUGAGGCCAACCAGGUCCGUUAUUUGCCGGAAUGUCUCUGCUUCAUCUUCAAGUGUGCAGAUGACUACUACAGCUCUCCCGAGUGUCAGAACCGGGUAGAGCCUGUGGAAGAGCUCACUUACUUGAACGAGAUCAUCACGCCUUUGUACCAGUUCUGCCGUGAUCAGGGUUACGAGAUCUCCGACGGCAAGUAUGUCCGUCGGGAGCGUGAUCACGACAAGAUCAUCGGUUAUGAUGAUAUGAACCAGCUUUUCUGGUACCCUGAGGGUAUUGAGCGCAUCUCGUUCGAGGAUAAGACCCGGCUGGUGGAUGUCCCGCCCGCAGAGAGAUGGACGAAGCUGAAGGAUGUGAACUGGAAGAAGGCCUUCUUCAAGACUUACCGCGAGACACGUUCCUGGUUCCAUCUGAUUACCAACUUCAACCGUAUCUGGGUUAUCCAUCUUGGUGCUUUCUGGUUUUUCACUGCUUACAACGCCCCGACGCUUUACACCACCGACUACCAGCAACAGCUGAACAACAAACCGCCAGGCUCUUAUUACUGGUCUGCUGUUGGUUUCGGAGGUGCUCUGGUUUCUUUCAUUCAGAUCAUGGCAACUAUUUGUGAAUGGAUGUAUGUCCCUCGCCGAUGGGCUGGCGCGCAGCAUCUCACUAAGCGGUUGUUUUUCCUGUUGGCUGUUUUCAUCGUCAACCUGGCUCCUGGUGUCGUUGUCUUCGGAUUCAAGAAGACCAUUGGCGAGACUAUUGCUCUCGUCAUUGGUAUUGUCCACUUCUUCAUCGCCUUGGCUACGUUCUUCUUCUUCUCUAUCAUGCCGCUUGGUGGUCUCUUUGGCAGUUACCUGAAGAAGCAUGGACGUCAAUAUGUUGCCAGUCAGACGUUCACGGCCAGUUUCCCUCGCCUCAGCGGUAAUGACAUGUGGAUGUCUUACGGUCUCUGGAUCUGUGUUUUUGGUGCCAAGCUGGUUGAGUCCUACUUCUUCCUGACCUUGUCCCUGAAAGAUCCUAUCCGUAUCCUGUCGCCCAUGCGCAUUCACCAGUGUGCUGGUGUCACUUACAUCCCCAACGUUCUGUGCCAUCGUCAGCCCCAAAUUCUCCUGGGUCUGAUGUUCUUCAUGGACUUGACGCUCUUCUUCCUGGACAGUUACCUGUGGUACGUUAUCUGUAACACGAUCUUCUCCGUCGCUAGAUCCUUCUAUCUCGGUGUCUCGAUCUGGUCCCCCUGGAGAAAUGUCUUCUCUCGCCUGCCCAAGCGUAUCUACUCGAAGGUGCUGGCUACGACCGACAUGGAAAUCAAGUACAAGCCCAAGGUUCUUAUCUCACAGGUGUGGAACGCUAUCAUCAUUUCCAUGUACAGAGAGCACCUCUUGGCCAUCGACCACGUCCAGAAGUUGCUCUACCACCAGGUUCCUUCCGAGGUCGAGGGCAAGCGGACUCUUCGCGCUCCUACUUUCUUCGUCUCCCAGGAAGAUCAGUCUUUCAAGACCGAGUUUUUCCCCGCUGGUAGCGAGGCCGAACGCCGUAUUUCCUUCUUCGCUCAGUCUCUGUCCACGCCUAUGCCCGAGCCUCUCCCGGUUGACAACAUGCCCACUUUCACCGUCCUCAUUCCCCACUACGGUGAAAAGAUUCUCUUGUCCCUUCGUGAGAUUAUUCGUGAAGAUGAGCCCUACUCCCGUGUCACUCUCCUGGAAUACCUCAAGCAACUUCACCCUCAUGAGUGGGAUUGCUUCGUCAAGGAUACCAAGAUCUUGGCCGACGAGACUUCUCAGUUCAACGGCGAUCAGGAGAAGAGCGAAAAGGAUGCUCAGAAGAGCAAGAUCGAUGAUUUGCCCUUCUACUGCAUUGGUUUCAAGUCCGCCGCUCCCGAAUACACUCUCCGCACCCGUAUCUGGUCUUCUCUGCGCUCCCAGACGCUGUACCGCACCAUCUCCGGCUUCAUGAACUUCAGCCGGGCUAUCAAGCUCCUGUACCGUGUUGAGAACCCCGAAGUCGUUCAGAUGUUUGGUGGCAACUCCGAGAAGCUCGAGCGUGAGCUUGAGCGGAUGGCCCGUCGCAAGUUCAAGAUCUGUGUUUCCAUGCAACGUUAUGCCAAGUUCAACAAGGAAGAGCGUGAAAACACCGAGUUCCUUCUCCGUGCCUACCCUGACCUCCAGAUCGCUUAUCUUGAUGAGGAGCCUCCGACCGAAGAGGGCGAGGAGCCCCGCCUGUACUCUGCUUUGAUUGACGGACACUGCGAACUUCUCGACAAUGGAAUGCGCAAGCCCAAGUUCAGAAUCCAACUUUCUGGUAACCCCAUUCUUGGUGACGGAAAGUCUGACAACCAGAACCACUCUAUCAUCUUCUACCGCGGUGAAUACAUUCAGGUCAUUGACGCUAACCAGGACAACUACCUGGAGGAGUGCUUGAAGAUCCGCAGUGUCCUGGCUGAGUUCGAGGAGCUGACCACCGACAACGUUUCUCCUUAUACUCCUGGUGUGCCCUCUGCUAAUACGACCCCCGUUGCCAUUCUCGGUGCCCGUGAAUACAUUUUCUCUGAGAGCGUCGGUGUGCUUGGUGACGUUGCUGCCAGUAAGGAACAGACGUUCGGCACUUUGUUCGCGCGUACUCUUGCCCAGAUCGGCGGAAAGCUGCACUAUGGUCACCCUGAUUUCCUGAACGGUAUUUUCAUGACGACCCGUGGCGGUAUCUCCAAGGCUCAAAAGGGUCUGCACCUGAACGAGGAUAUCUAUGCUGGUAUGACGGUUCUUCUCCGUGGUGGACGCAUUAAGCACUGCGAGUACUUUCAGUGUGGUAAGGGUCGUGAUCUUGGUUUUGGUUCCAUUCUGAACUUCACCACCAAGAUUGGUACUGGUAUGGGUGAGCAGAUGCUGUCCAGAGAAUACUAUUAUCUCGGAACUCAGCUGCCUCUCGACCGUUUCUUGUCUUUCUACUAUGCCCACCCUGGUUUCCACAUUAACAACAUGUUCAUCAUGCUGUCUGUGCAAAUGUUCAUGAUCGUUCUUGUCAACCUCGGUGCCUUGAGACAUGAGACCAUCACCUGCAAGUACAACUCCGACCUGCCGAUCACCGACCCUCUCCGUCCCACGUACUGCGCUGACCUGACGCCUAUCACCAACUGGGUCAACCGCUGUGUUAUCUCCAUCUUCAUUGUCUUCUUCAUCUCCUUCGUUCCCCUGGCUGUCCAAGAAUUGACUGAGAGAGGUGUGUGGCGCAUGGCGACACGUCUUGCGAAGCACUUUGGAUCCUUCUCUUUCAUGUUCGAGGUGUUCGUCUGUCAGAUCUAUGCCAAUGCUGUCCACCAGAACUUGUCUUUCGGUGGUGCACGUUAUAUCGGUACUGGCCGUGGUUUCGCAACGGCUCGUAUUCCUUUCGGUGUCCUCUACUCGCGUUUCGCUGGUCCCUCCAUCUACGCUGGUUCUCGUCAGCUUCUGAUGCUGCUGUUCGCGACCUCCACCGUCUGGACUGCCGCUCUGAUUUGGUUCUGGGUUUCACUGUUGGCUCUGGUCAUCGCUCCCUUCUUGUUCAACCCUCACCAGUUCGCUUGGCACGAUUUCUUCAUCGACUACCGCGAUUACAUCCGCUGGCUGUCUCGUGGUAACUCUCGCUCACAUGCUUCUUCCUGGAUUGCCUUCUGUCGCUUGUCUCGUACCCGCAUUACUGGUUACAAGCGCAAGCUUCUGGGUGUUCCUUCGGAGAAGGGAUCUGGUGAUGUCCCUAGAGCUCGUAUCUCGAACAUUUUCUUCAGUGAAAUUAUCGCCCCUCUGGUGGUCGUUGGUGUUACCCUUGUGCCAUACCUGUACAUCAACUCGAGAACUGGUAUCUCGAACGACAACAACCAUGCUUCCAACGCGAUCGUCCGUAUCGCCAUCGUUGCCUUCGGUCCGAUUGCCAUCAACGCCGGUGUUGCGGGUAUGUUCUUCGGUAUGGCUUGUUGUAUGGGUCCCAUCUUCAGCAUGUGCUGCAAGAAGUUCGGUGCUGUCUUGGCUGCCAUUGCUCACGCCAUUGCCGUGAUUGUCCUCCUGGCUAUCUUUGAGGUCAUGUUCUUCCUCGAGUCUUGGUCUUGGCCUAGAUGUGUGAUGGGCAUGAUUGCCAUGGCUGCCAUCCAACGGUUUAUCUACAAGCUCAUUAUCUCGCUUGCUCUUACUAGAGAAUUCAAGAAUGACCAGUCCAACAUCGCCUGGUGGACGGGUAAGUGGUACAGCAUGGGCUGGCACACUCUUUCCCAGCCUGGUCGCGAGUUCCUGUGUAAGAUCACGGAAUUGGGCUACUUCUCCGCCGACUUCGUCCUGGGUCACAUUCUCCUGUUUGUCAUGUUGCCUGCUCUUUGCAUGCCUUACGUUGACAAGUUCCACUCGGUCAUUCUCUUCUGGCUGCGCCCGAGUCGGCAGAUUCGUCCUCCCAUCUAUUCCCUGAAGCAGUCCAAGCUUCGCAAGCGGAGAGUCGUUCGUUUCGCUAUCCUGUAUUUCACGAUGCUGGUUAUCUUCCUUAUCCUUAUCAUCGCCCCUCUCGUGGCUCGCAACCAGAACAUCAGCCUGGGUUCGAGUCUCCCCAUGAACAUCAUGCAGCCCCUCGACAAGGACAACAAUGACACGAUUGCCAGUUACACUGGAAGAGGUCUCCCCGUCGGCUACUCCGGCUGGACUCCUACCAACCCGGCUGCCACCGCCACGUCGAGCUAG